AUAAAGAAAGUAAAGCAAAACCAUAAAGCAUUUCUUCCCCUCUCUCCUCCCUCGCUUUCCUCUCAUUUCUCCCUCGCCAAAUCUCCAUUACAUCCCUGUCUUUUCAUCUUAUCUUACAGCCCCCUCCUCUCUCCAUCUCUUUAAUCAUCUAUAGUUUGUAUCAAUUUCUUAGGGUCUUGAAGGAAUGCAAAGAAACUCAAAAUCAGUGGAUUCGGAGGACGAGUUCGAUAUGCAAGACGCGGCUGCGGAAUCGGCGGAGGAUGAUUUCUACAGCGGCGGAGAAGAAGAUGGUUUCGACAGCGACGAUGCUGACGUCGCAGAUUAUGAGUUCAUCGAUAACGACUCGGAUGAUUCCGAUGAUCUCAUCUCUCAUCGCCACCAGCAAAACUACACGGUUUUGAGUGAAGAAGAUAUACGGCAGCGACAGGAUGAUGAUGUUAUGGGAAUAGCUACUGUGCUUUCCAUUUCAAAGGUUGCGGCCAUUAUACUUCUCCGGUACUAUAACUGGAAUGUGAGUAAAGUGCAUGAUGAAUGGUUUGCGGAUGAGGAAAAGGUUCGAAAGGCUGUUGGUUUACUGGAGAAACCGGUUGUUCCAUUUCCUGAUGGUAGAGAAAUGACUUGUGGGAUUUGUUUUGAAACUUAUCCUUCUGAUAGAUUGCUUGCUGCUGCUUGUGGUCAUCCGUUUUGCAAUUCAUGCUGGGCAGGUUACAUCAGCACAGCCAUUAAUGAUGGUCCUGGAUGUUUGAUGUUGCGGUGUCCUGAUCCAUCUUGUGAUGCUGCUAUCGGUCACGAUAUGAUUAAUUUAUUGACUUCUGAUGAAGACAGGGAGAAACAUUCUCGUUAUUUCAUAAGAUCUUAUAUUGAGGACAAUAGAAAGACCAAAUGGUGCCCUGCUCCUGGCUGUGAUUAUGCUGUGGAUUUUGUUGUUGGCAGUGGGAGCUAUGAUGUUACCUGCCGCUGUGCAUACAGCUUCUGCUGGAAUUGUACUGAGGAAGCUCACAGACCUGUUGAUUGUGGUACUGUGGCCAAGUGGAUACUGAAGAACAGUGCUGAGUCUGAAAAUAUGAACUGGAUAUUGGCUAACUCCAAGCCUUGCCCGAAGUGCAAGCGACCAAUUGAGAAAAAUCAAGGAUGUAUGCAUAUUACAUGCACACCACCUUGCAAAUUUGAAUUUUGUUGGCUUUGCCUUGGUGCAUGGUCAGAUCAUGGAGAGAGGACAGGUGGUUUUUAUGCAUGUAACCGUUAUGAGACUGCAAAGCAAGAGGGAGUGUAUGACGAGGCUGAGAAGCGAAGAGAAAUGGCCAAGAACUCUCUAGAGAGAUACACACAUUAUUAUGAAAGAUGGGCAACCAAUCAAUCAUCUCGGCAAAAGGCAUUGGCAGACCUACAGCAAAUGCAAAAUGUACAUCUUGAGAAGCUGAGUGACAUACAGUGCCAACCUGAGUCACAGCUGAAGUUCAUAAUAGAGGCCUGGCUACAGAUAGUUGAAUGUAGGCGAGUUCUAAAAUGGACUUAUGCCUAUGGAUAUUAUUUACCUGAGCAUGAACAUGCCAAGAGGAUGUUCUUUGAGUAUGUGCAAGGUGAGGCUGAGUCUGGAUUGGAGCGACUUCAUCAAUGUGCAGAGAAGGAGCUCCAAAUUUACCUAAAUGCAGAGGGCCCGUCAAAAGAUUUUAACGAGUUCCGCACAAAACUUGCUGGGUUGACCAGUGUCACACGGAACUACUUUGAGAAUUUAGUCCGGGCUUUAGAGAAUGGUCUAUCAGAUGUGAAUUCCCAUGGUACAUGCAGCAGAACAGCAAGCUCGAAGAGCUUGGGAGGUGGUAGCAGUAGGGCAAGAACUGGUAGAGGCAAGGGCUCAACAUCUAGGUCAAGUGGACCUAGUAGAAAUAUUGAUGACCCAGGCCACUGGUCCUGUGAACAUUGCACCUUUGCAAAUAUUAAGCCGACCACCAUUUGUGCAAUGUGCCAGCAACGACGGUAAAUCUCAUUUCGUACAUCAAUUGGCCACCCGGAUGAAUCACCAGUUUGGCCUCUUUGGCUGUCCAGUUGUAACAAGGCCGUUAAGAACAUUGCCAGGGAGUGCAAAAAGGGCUUUUUAAAUCUCUUGGCCUGCAAAACCUGAACUGCAACAACAGAGGUGAACAGAAACAGAAGGUAAGGGUGAGAAAGGGACAGGAAACGCUUCUCGAUGUUUGUUGUCUUGUUUCUGGCAUCAGCUGUAUAUAGUUCCUACAUCACUUCCAUGUUAACUUAAAAGAGUAUGAUGAAUCAGGAUCCAUGCAAGUGCAUUCGGUCAUAUGAUGAUCUAUCAAUUUUACUAGUAGCUGUUUCUGGUGCUCUCAAGCUUUCAACUGUAUUUUACGAGUAAAAACCUACCUGGGUACAAUGGGCUUGCAUUGCUCCAGCUAGAAUGAAAUAAAUGUUGUACCAUCUACCUUGACUUUAUCUGCCAGAUGAACAGCCCUAAUGUGUAGCAUUUAUCUGCUUAAUAGACAUUUUACCUUCUGGAAUUCUGUCCA